CACCCCCCACCGGCCACCCCGGGCCUUAGAGCGGGGCCCGAGGGGGACACGAGGCUCCGGGAGCUAUCACCGGCAUCGGCGUUCUGUUUGGGAGUCCCGCCCGUCCUCUGACCGUGCGAACGCCGCGAUCCCGGAGCCGCGGCCAUCCCAGCACCUGGACCUUAACAUCUUGGCAUUGCCCUUUUCCACGUGAAGAUCAGCCAUGACUGACCAAGAGUUGGUUCUCUGCAAGUGGAAGAGGCGUUUGUGGCCAGCUAAAGUUUUGUGCAAACCUGGAGUUGCCGGGAGCAGUCCUGUUGCCGCCACAAAAAAGAUGGGAUUUAAAGCUGAAAUCCUUGGCUUGGAGAAGCAAGUCAGUGUGAGCUCUGCAAACGUGGUUCCCCUGACAGAGGAGCAGAUCAAGGCCAUCGCCUCCACCCUGGAGCAAAAGACGAGCAUGAGUGAGGCCGUGGAGGAGCUGCAGUAUCGCUGUUCCCUUAAAAUUGCCCUGGAUAUUCUCCAUCAGACUGACUCCUGCAGUGAAAUGCCACCUGCAGAAGGACCAAAUCCCGAAUUUUCCCGGGAGAAAUCUGCUCCACCCACCCCCUCCCAUGGCUUCUUUUUGCGCUCUCGCUCUAAAAAGUCGGAACCUGAGGCUGCCAAGAGGAAAAAAAAAACCCAGAAUAACUGUGGGCUGAAGGAUGAGCCCAAGGCACGCAGCCAGGGAGGUUCUGUGGCUCCAGAGGGGAGGGGAAAAGCACCUGGAAGUGGCACAAACCCUGCCAGGGACUCGAAUGUGGCACCUGACAGCCACAACUGCAAAAAACCGGAACCAAAAUCAUCACCCAGGCAGAGGAAAAUCCAGCCCAAAAUGGGGGAUGGAGUCUCCUGUAAGCCAGAGGCUGGAAGAAGUCAGCAAGAAAGGAAAAGAAGAUGUAGGGAUGAUUCCCCCCAGGAUCAAGCACAGGUGGCUCCUGAGGAGGGGUCUCCCUCUGUCCCCUCUAAAUCUGGCACCAUGGAACCUUCCAGAAAGACAGGAACUCAGCCUGGGAGAGCGUUCCUGGAUUCCUGCUGUGAAACUGCCUCGGAUGAGUUGGAGAAAAGCAUCAGCAGCGAGAGUGAGAGCCUGGCAAAGCAGCUGGAUGGGAGGAGAGAGGCAGAGGCUGGAAAACACCUGGAUGGGGCAGGUGUGGCCUCAGGCACAGACAGGAAAUGCAGGAACCACUCUGGAUCCUCACCUGGGCCUUCUGGUGCCUUCCCUCAGCCUCAGGAGGAGGAAAACCAGGAUCCCUCACAUCUGGCUGGGAAUAAAGCCCCUGACUCCGAGGAAGACGAAGGGCUGGAACCCUCUGGGAUGUCUUCCAGGAGAGUUUCCUCGGAGAGCCUCCCUCCACUCUCACCUCUGUCCGAUGAAGAGGAGGAACAUUUCCCGAGCGUUCUGUCCCAUCGAGAACCCAAAUUCUUCGAGGAAGGCAUGUUGGUGUGGUGCAAGCUACGGCGGUAUCCAUACUGGCCAGCUGUGGUGAAAGCAGUGAAGAGGAAGCACCGGAGGGCCUGUGUGCUCUUCAUAGAUGGCACCACAAAUGAGAAGAAGAAAGGUUUCUCAGUGUCUCUGAAGAGCCUGAAGCACUUUGACUGUGGGGAGAAGCAGGAGCUCAUUGAACGGGCCAAGGAGAACUAUUCCAGGGAAAUCGAGUGGUGCCUCCAGCUGAUCCUGGACUACAGGAUCCGAGUGGGCUGUCAUUCUUUCACCGGGUCCUUCCUGGAGUAUUUUGCUGCUGAUAUCAGCUACCCAGUGAGGAAGGAGGGAUACCAGAGUGUGGUGCAGAUGGCAUUCCCAAACGCAGGGGAGGAAGGCGCUGGACAGUCUUCCUCGGACACCUCCCCCCAGAAACCCCCGAGGAGGCUCCUCCCUGACAGGACCAGAGCUGCCAGGGACAGGGAGAACAAGAAGCUGGUGGAGUUCAUAGUGAAGACCAAAGGGGCUGAAGAGCAUCUCCUGGGGAUCUUGAAAAGUGGGAAACAAUCCCGCUGGCUGAAGAAAUUCCUGAAUUCCAGCCGGUACAUGACCUGUGUGGAGACUUACUUGGAGGAUGAGGAGCAGCUAGACCUGGUGGUUGGGUACCUGAAGGAGGUCUACAGGGAGAUGGACACCAAGAACCUGCACCAGAUCCUGGGGGAUGGCAUCAGAUUCAUCUUAGAUGUGCUUUUACCUGAGGCCAUCAUCUGUGCCAUUGCUGCCGUGGAUGACAUUGAUUAUGAGAAGGCAGAAGAGAAGUACAUUAAAGGACCACCUGUGAGCAAAAGAGAGAGAGAAUUGUUUGAUGAACAAGUCCUGGGAAGCAAAAAGCUGAAGAUGGAGGCAGAGCCUGGGGAGAGCUGAGGAGUGGCCGGGGCUGUCCUGGGGCCAGGUGUAGCUGACCAAUGUGAUUUGUAUAAAACGUGGCAUUCUUUGUAAAGUCUGUGUGCAUAUUCCCACCUGCUCUGCUCCCAGCCCCAGCUGGCUCUCAGCCCUUGCUGCUUCCCGUGGCCUCGCCGUGUUCAGGAUCCAUCCGUGCCCUCCUGGGGGGCUGCCAGAGCCCCCCAGAGCUGUGCAGAGCUUCUGCUGCUCCACCAGCUUCCACGUGGGUUCUGUCAGCCAAACACCCGACUUGGGAAGGGAUCUCCUCCUGCUUUGGUGGUGCCUCUGCUCCUGAGCAAACCAGGGGGUUCCUGGCAGGGAAAGCUCCUGGGGGUUCCCCUUCCUGCCUCAUGGAUCUCCAGGGGUGGGAAAUGAGAUUGGUGCCCAGAGCUGCCACCUGCAUCGCAAAGAUUUGGGUUCUUGUUUUGUCAUGACAAGUAGAAUUCCAUGGAGAAGGAAUCUGUGUUUGCCUAAAUAAAAACAUUCCCUUUUCCUCUAACUGAACCAGUGGAAUGCUGGUUUAUUGCCUCUUCUGAGGCUGUGAAUUUUGGGAGGCUUUUAAUUGUCUUUUUCUCAUCUAAAUUCCCAAUUUAAUCCUGCCCAGCUCCCUGCUCACGUUUGCUGGAGCUGUGACACAUGGAAGCAGUGUCACCAAGAACUAAUUAAUGAUGAAUAAUGAUAAAUGAUACAUAAAACCCCCUGAUUAGGGUUUCUCUGUGAUAAUGAAAUGUGAUCUCCUUGCUUGUCCAGUAAAACCCAAGAUGAUUUGAGAUGAAGAAGUUGAAAUUGGGAUCCAGAUGUCUAUCCUGGUUUUAGUAAUUAUCUGAAUAUAUUUUAAUUACACUUUUAAUUGCUCUGUGCUCUCUAAUGAGUUUUUCCAUGGAAUCCUUAUUCCUGUUAUCUCAAGUACCUCAAUUAUAGGCACGGGCUGGGAAGUGAGGGUUUUAUUAAAACCUGUGAGGAGGGAUAAUGAAUUCUGUGGGACAGGAUAAAAAAAUUAAUAAUGGAGUUAACUCAGAGCUGUGAGUGGCACUUUCCCUUUGGAGAUGAGAGGCUGGGGAGGGACUGCCUGUCCCUCAUCCCAUUGCUCUGGGGUAAUUUGGAGAUUGGGCUCAACUUCCACCUCCUUUACAUGAACCCAGCGUUCCCUUCUCCAUCAAAACUCUUUGGGAUUCUGCCAGCCGUGGGCAGGAACACCUCCCACUGCCCCUGGGUGCUCCAAGCCCCUCCAGCCGGCAUCGGGCACUUCCAGGGAUAAUCCUGACCUUGUCCCACCCCCUUCCAGCGCUGCCCCAGCGUUUACUCACUGGUUCUGGCACCAGCCUCAGCCGUGUACAAAUGAAGUGGACUUAAUAAAGUGGGAUGAAGUGAGUCGUCAAAA